AUGCGCCGCAGCCAGGUCGCCGCGAUCUCCGCCGCCACCACCGUUCUCGUGCAGCAGCUGCGCGCCGUGUGCGGCACGGUGUCGUCGGUGCGCACGAAGCAGCAACUGAGCACGUCGUACCUCACGCUCGGUUCCGAAGAGCUCCCGGUCGACGUGAAGCAAUCCGUGUCGUACGGCCUCGGGAGUAUCGAGGGCGCGGUGGCUGACGUGUCACGGCGCGCGGAGGCGCUUUGGGCGGAGCUGGACGACGUGCAGCGCGCCAAUGCGCAGCUGAACCAGCGCGACUCCUUCGCGCUGGUGGCGCGGAUGAAGAGCGCGUUGCGGAGCGCGUCAAGCGCGAUUCAGGGGGCGGCGAAGGGAAUCGACGCUAAGCGGAACGAGAUGUUUUCUAUCGCUGCCAUGAACCGCGUGAUUGUAGGCGGCGUGACUGCAGCGCAGGGCAGCGCCAAGGGGAAGGAAGCAAUCUCCGUGGCUAUGGCGAAUGUGAUGACGGAGUGUCAGAACGGCAGCACCUUCUCCCAGCGCGUCACGGCGCUGGCCUCCGCCACGCGCUCUCUGUCUCCCCUCGUGUCGAGCCUCUUCAGCAGCCCCAGCCCCGCGCGCUACACCACGCGCACCACCGUCACCGCCACUCUCAAAGUCACUCCCGAGGCUGGGAAGAUGAUUCAACAGUAUCAGGGCGUGCAGACAGACCACUGGAUCAUCGGUCUGUGGGGCAAUUCUGCUAAGGGGUACUCACAUGCACUUGUGUACUCGUGCUACCAGUCCACACCAGGCUUGUCAUCAGAUCAAGAUGGCCAGAUCACUAGGAGCAUGAAGGUGGCGGUGGCGGUGGACGGCAGCGACAACAGCAUGCACGCGCUGCGAGAGGCGGUGCGGCUCUUUGCGUCCACGGCUAAAGAGUUCACCAUCAUUCACGCGCACAAGCCGCUACAGAACUCCGCACGGAGCGCUACCAAGACAGGAGUGAUGCUGUCGUGGCAGGAGAAUCACGAACGCAUGGAGCACGAGAGGCACGCCAAGGCGCAGCAGUUGCUGCAGCGGUGCGCUGCCUUGGUGAAAGAGGAGGGUGUGAAGCAGGGGAUGGGUGAGGGCGUGGUGGUAAGGGGCGUGGAUCUUAAGGGCGACCCGCGAGAUGUGCUGACGACCCAUGCGCAGAGCAUCAGUGCGGAUCUGCUGGUCAUGGGAACCCGUGGCUUGAGCAUGCUUAGACGGGUGCAGAGGAACGUGAAAGUAGCGGUGGCGGUGGACGGCAGCGACAACAGCAUGCACGCGCUGCGAGAGGCGGUACGGCUCUUCGCGCGCACGGCUAAGGAGUUCCACAUCAUGCACGCGCACAAGCCGCCUAAUGAGUUCCGCACGGACUCACUGUUCUCAUGGCAGGAGUACUACCAGCGCAUGGAGCAUGAGAGGCACGCCAAGGCGCAGCAGCUGCUGCAGAAGUGCGCUGCCGUGGUGAAGGAAGAGGGUGGGAAGCUGGGGAUGGACGAGGGCGUGGCGGUGAGCGGCGUGGACCUCAAGGGCGACCCUCGGGAUGUGCUGGCCAGCCACGUGGAGAGGGUUGACGCGGAUCUGAUGGUCAUGGGGACACGUGGCAUGAGCCUGCUCAAACGCAUGGCUCUGGGGAGUGUGAGCUCGCACUGUGUGCACCAUGCUCCUUGCCCAGUGCUGAACUCCGUGGGCCCCACCGUCCGCAUUCUCCGCUUCGGGUUCGGCCAGAGCAGGGAGCAGUCAUGGCUCUCGCAACUCAAUCCCUUCGCGUCGCUCCGCUUCUCCGCGUCGCUCGCCGGCACGUGGCGGCUGGUGCGCGACGCCGUGCCGUGCCUGGAUUGGCUGCUGUCGUACGACGUGCGGCGCGACCUGAAAGGCGACAUGGUGGCGGGGCUGUCGGUGGGGUUCAUGAUCAUCCCGCAAGGCAUGGCGUACGCGCGCGUCGCGGGCCUGCCGUCCAUCUACGGUCUCUACACCGGCUUCGUGCCGUGCCUUGUAUAUAGCAUAUUCGGCAGCUCGCGGCAGCUGGCGCUGGGUCCCACGUCGCUCGUGUCGCUGCUGGUCAAUGAAGCCAUCAAGCAGAUGGCGGACCCCGACUCGCACGACCCCGCGGAGCAGCGUCUCUACCUGGGCCUCACACUUCUCCUCUCGCUCAUGCUCGGCGCGCUGCAGCUGCUCGCGGGCCUCCUCCGCCUGGGCUGGGUCGUGCGCUUCCUGUCCCACGCGGUGGUGUCGGGGUUCAGCAGCGGCGCGGCGAUCAUGCUGGGGCUCAUGCAGAUGCGCUACUUCCUGGGCUACACCACGCGCCAUGAGACCAUGCACAUGAUUCUCUAUGAUAUCUUCGUCAACCUCAAGACCACGCACGUGCCCUCGCUUGUUAUGGGGGUGCUGGCGCUCGCCUUCCUGCUCAUCAUGAAGCAUCUAGGCAAGCGCCACAAGCGCCUGCGCAUCCUCCGCACGAUGGGUCCCAUCCUAGCAGCGGCCAUGGGCACAGCGGCCAUCUACCUGCUGCGCAACCCCUGGCACAUCCGCGUCACGGGCCUCGUGCCCUCCGGCCUCCCCGCAGCCUUCUCCGCGUUCCCCUGGGCGCGCUGGCGCGACCUCGUGUCGCCCGCACUGGUCAUUGCGAGUGCGGCAUACCUGGAGACCAUUGCCAUCGCCAAGACGCUCGCGGCCAAGAAUGGGUACUCUGUGGACGCCAACCAGGAGCUCGUUGCGCUGGGCUUGGCGAACACAGUGGGGUCAUGCUUCCAGGCGUUCCCCACAGGCGGCAGCUUCUCACGGUCGGCAGUGAGUGACGACUGUGGGGCGGCCACGGGCAUGGCGGGCGUGGUGUCCGUGCUGCUCGUGCUGCUCACCCUCAUGUUCCUCACGCCCCUCUUCCAGUUCCUGCCCCUGCCAGUGCUCGGAGCCAUCCUGGUGUCAUCGGUGUGCGGGCUGGUGGACUACGAGGAGGCGGCCUUCCUGCUACGAGUGGAUCCCAAGGACUUUGUCGUGUGGAUGCUCGCCUUCUGUGGCACUCUCUUCUUCGGCAUCCAGACGGGGGUGAUGGUGGCGGUGGUGAUAUCCCUCGGCUUCGUGAUAAACGAGUCAGCCAACGCGCAGUGUGAGGAGCUGGGGCGGCUGCCCGGCACCACAGUGUACCGCACAGUGCAGCAGUACCCCGAUGCUAAAGUCACCCCUGGGAUUGCCGUCAUCAAGUGCCACUCCCACCUCUACUUUGCGAAUGUGAGCAACCUGCGGGACGUGCUGAGGCGCUACGAGGGGCUCACCAGCAGAACGCCCCUGCCCGCCCCAAGCCAGUCCACCACCCCCACACGCUCCCCCCCUGCUGCCACUGCCGCUGCCACUCCUGCUGCCAGCACCCGCAACAGCACCCCCAGCCCUGCCCGAUCCUCCACCAGUCCUAGCAGCCUGGCUCGGCGAGCCAGCGAUGGGAGCUUAGACGGCCGCACCAGCAGCUUCAGGAGUGGCGGGAGCAGCAGGGACGGAGGAGGGGGGAGCGGGAGCAGCGGGGGAAGUGGAGAGUGUGACGUGGAGGAGGGAGGAGGGGCAGGUGAGGCACUGGUGUCGCCAGUAGAAUCAUCCACAAGAGACCAGCAGGGAGGUAGAGGAGCGGCAGCAAAGGGGAGAGCACUGGGUGCAACGAACGUGCCUAUAGAGUAUGUGAUUAUAGAGAUGACGUCAGUGCAUGCAGUGGACUCAGCAGCAUGCCAUGCGUUGAGGGAGAUCUGCCUGGAGUACCAGGCGAGAGGGGUGCGUCUGGCCCUUGCCAACCCCAGUGAUGCAGUCAUGCAGAGACUCACUUGGGCGGGGAUCCCGGACCUGAUCGGGCGGCAGUGGUUCUUUGUGCGGAUCUUUGAUGCCGUGCAGCUCUGCAAGGCUGACAUGGCGUGCCGGCACGCUGCGGCCUCUGGUGCGCUGCCACCUGGCAGGUUCAUGGUUGCUGACGUGGACCAGCAGAGGAUGGGGCAGCAGCAGCGUCAGCAGCAGCAGAGGGUGAUGGUGCGGCCGCAUUCCUUUUCCCAGGACAUCAGGGGGGCUACAGAGAGAACUAGUGGGGAUGAGGCAGAUGGGGCGGAAGGGGCAGAGGUGGGCACUGGAUUAUUGAUUGGGUCAGGGGCGAGGGCGAGGGGAUCAGAGGGUGGUGGCAGGGAGGGGAGCAUGGCAGGGUGGCCGGAGGAGGAUGAGUUUCCUGGCAGCCCCGACUACGGCAUUCUCAUGCCUGCGGGGGGCAUUGCUGCCGCCACUGCCUCCACUGCCACUGCUGGGCUGGCAGAGGCGGGGGUAGGUGAGGGGGAAGGGGAAGGUUCGUCGGGCAUGGGUGUGGCGUCACCUGAGUUUGCACCUCUGGAUGGGUUUGACGUGCAGGCGUUUUCAGCGCCUGAGGUGAUGCAGUCCGAGUAUGUGCUGGCGGAUGCGGAGGAGGAAGAGUCGGAGUGGGUGACAAUACGACGGGAUAGGAAGAGGAGGGAGAGACGUGCAACUGCUAGGCCGGAUGAAGAUGGGGAGAGCACAGGGCAAGAUGAGGCUGAUGAAGAUAGCCGCCCUACUUGCCCUGUGUGCCAUGGCUUUCUGCCAUUGGCUGAUGGCCAGAUGCCAGAUUAUGAGCCUAGCCAUGUCCUUGUGGAUUAUUGUGUUUGCUUUAGUGACUAA